AUGUUCAACAGCCAAGCACCCCUACUUUCGCCUCAACUGCAAGCAGUUUGCCACCAAGAUGAGAAAAUAAAGGAGAACUUCGAUCGCAUUUUGAUGCGAUUCCUCUCCUUCUUGGGCUUGCAAAUGGAGACGAUUGAGGGCAAACAGAUUAAGAUUUCGAAAGCCGAACACUUUGAGACCAGACGACGUGAUUGCUGGUCUGCAGUCUUCGGAAUGAACCACAACUGGCUGAGGAUCUCACGGGUCUUACAUUGUCUUGGAAUGGUGGGAAAGAAGGAAGAACAGCGUGCCUUGAUGGAAUUCCUGGAGACCAUGCCAAAAGACAUUCCGGAAGUCAGGAGCUCCAUUCCUCACUGGCGCGGACGAGCACAAGCUAGCUAA